CCCACACUGCGCACAAAAAACAGCCUCAGCCUCUCGCUCUCUCUCUCUCUCUCUAGGAGUCGUUCGGCGAGUUUGCAGUCGCAGCAAUGUUGUUCUUCUCCUACUUCAAGGACCUGGUGGGCAGGGAAGUGACGGUGGAGCUGAAGAACGAUCUGGCCAUCAGAGGCACCCUCCACUCCGUCGAUCAGUACCUCAACAUCAAGCUCGAGAACACUAGGGUUGUCGAUCAGGACAAGUACCCUCACAUGCUGUCGGUCAGGAACUGCUUUAUCAGAGGAUCGGUGGUGAGGUAUGUUCAGCUACCUCCUGAUGGAGUUGAUAUUGAAUUGCUUCAUGAUGCCACAAGAAGAGAAGCCAGGGGUGGUUGAAGUUUCUGAUGAGAUUCAUGAACUGUAUUUGUAUGGUCGAGGGACCAAUUUAUAUUGGCUGAUAUUGGAACCUUGACAUAGUGGACUCAUUAGCAUUUGUGCUACGACAUACUGAAAUUUGGCUCUUUUUUUUCAUUCAGGGAGUAAACUGUUCUUUGCCUGAGUUUAUUGCUAACUUGAAAAUUUGAACUAGUCUUAUGUCCUAUGUUCAGAAAAAAAGGAAAAGCAACUUGUCUGUCCUAAAUAUGUGAAGUGUGCUGCCAAGGCUAUAACAAUGGUUGCUGAAUGCUCAA